GCAUUUUUACAGCCAUAUGCAUGACCCGGAGAUGUUAGUUUGCAGAACCUGUUGCUGCUGAACUCUUUUUUUUUUUGUCGAAUGUUUUCACUCAGCCUCUGUUCUGAGGGUUUGAGCUGCAAACCUGCAAAAAAAAAAAAAAAAACGAGCUGGAAUCAUGAAUCUUAGGUGGAAUUUGCAGUCCCGACACCUCAGCUGCAGGUGUCACACCUAAAAUGAUCUGUGCUGACCUCUCAGCUCUGUCUGCUGGGGUGUUUUCCCCUGUUUUUUUCCCAGCAUGCAAUAUUCCUUCAGUGGUUUCACUUUCACUUCUGACUUACUCGCACUGAACCUGCGUGCAGAGGACGGAAAGGUGAGAAGAUUUUCUUCAUUCACCGUCACCAUGUUGGCUUCCCUCCUCCUGCUGCUCUGUGCCCUCUCUCCUCCAUCAUUUGGGGCUCAGCUACCAAAUCAAAACCAAGCCAAAGAGCCUCCCGUAGCCACCAACGGCCAGCCCUUCCCCUGGGACCGCAUGAGGCUUCCCAAAACCAUCACUCCCCUCCACUAUGACCUGAGCAUCCACCCAAACCUGACCACACUGGACUUCACCGGCGUCGUCCGUAUUGAGCUGGAUGUGCAUGAAGACACCAGCACCGUGAUUCUCCACUCCAAGCAGCUGCAGAUAUCCGAUGCGCUGCUCAUGGCCCCUGAAGGAGUGAAGCCCCUUCAGGUUCUGGAGUAUCCUCGCUUCCAUCAGCUCGCUCUGCUGUCAGACUCGGUGCUGACCAAAGGCAGGAAGUAUGAAGUUCAGCUGGAGUUUGCCGCCAACUUGUCUGACAGCUUCCAUGGUUUCUACAAGAGCAACUACCGAACCAGCAGCGGGGAGGUCCGGGUCCUGGCGUCGACACAGUUUGAAGCCACCUUUGCUCGUGGAGCUUUCCCCUGUUUCGAUGAACCAGCCUUCAAAGCCAACUUCACCAUACGGAUCGUACGGGAGCCGCGACACAUAACCAUCUCCAACAUGCCCAAGGUUAAAACAGUGCAGUUGCCGGGCGGUUUGCUUGAGGAUCACUUUGACACCACCGUUAAAAUGAGCACCUACUUGGUGGCCUACAUUGUGUCUGACUUCUUGUCUGUGAGCAAAACCACCAAGCAUGGUGUUGAGAUUUCAGUCUAUGCUGUCCCCGAAAAGAUCGACCAGACAGCCUUUGCGUUGGAUGCUGCUGUCAAGCUGUUAGACUUUUACGAUGACUAUUUUGAUAUUCCUUACCCGCUUCCCAAACAGGACCUGGCUGCCAUCCCUGACUUCCAGUCAGGCGCGAUGGAGAACUGGGGUCUGACCACCUACAGAGAGACCGGCCUCCUCUUUGAUCCUGACAGGUCCUCUGCCUCCGACAAACUGGGCAUCACUAAGGUCAUCGCCCACGAGCUGGCGCACCAGUGGUUUGGCAACCUGGUGACGAUGGAGUGGUGGAAUGACCUGUGGCUCAACGAGGGUUUCGCUAAGUUCAUGGAGUUCAUUUCGCUCGACAUCACCUACCCAGAACUGCAAGUGGAUGACUUCUUUUUGGGGAAAUGUUUUGAGGCGAUGGAGGUGGACUCCCUCAGCUCCUCUCACCCGGUCUCCACCCCCGUAGAAAACCCCACGCAGAUCCAGGAGAUGUUUGACGAUGUGUCAUAUGACAAGGGGGCCUGUAUUCUGAACAUGCUGCGGGACUUUCUUACUCCUGAGGCCUUCGAGAUCGGCAUCAUCCGAUACCUCAAACGUUACAGUUACCAAAACACUGUGAACAGCCACCUGUGGGAGAGUCUGACCAAUAUCUGUGACUCAGAUGAUCUGGUCGAAGGUCGGAUGGAACACAGAGAAUUCUGCUCCAAACGCAAACUUCAGUCCGGAGCCUCUAAGUGGCACUCUGGUGAUGAGCUGGAUGUCAGAGCCAUCAUGGACACCUGGACGCUGCAGGAAGGAUUCCCACUGGUCACUGUGGAGGUCAGAGGUCGGGAGGUCUGGCUGAGUCAGGAGAGAUUCCUGAAGACAGAUGAUCCCUCCCUCACUGAAGGCUUCCUGUGGCAGAUCCCUCUGACCUACAUGACCAGCGCCUCCAGCACCAUCCACCGCUUCCUGCUCAAGACAAAGACUGGCGUGCUGUAUCUGCCGGAGGAGGUGGACUGGGUCAAGUUCAACGUGGACAUGAGUGGCUACUACAUGGUUCACUACGCAGGCGACGGCUGGAACUCCAUCAUCAAAGUACUGCAGCACAACCACACGGCUCUGACCAGCAACGAUCGCGCCAGCCUCAUCCAGAACGUCUUCCAGCUGGUCAGCGUGGGGAAGGUGAGGCUGGACACGGCUCUGGAGCUGUCGCUGUAUCUGUCCAGAGAGACGGAGAUCAUGGCUGUGACUCAGGGCUUCGGAGAGCUCGUACCUCUUUACAAACUGAUGGAGAAGAGGGACAUGGCAGCUCUGGAGAAUCAGAUGAAGGGCUACAUUGUCGAUCUGUUCCGGGGCCUGAUCGACCGGCAGGAGUGGACCGACUCUGGUUCAGUUUCUGAGCGAGUGUUGAGGAGUUACCUGCUGCUGUUCGCCUGCGUCAGGAAAUACCCUCCAUGUCUGAACAAAGCCACGCAGCUCUUUAACCAGUGGAAGGACUCUGACGGCAACAUGAGCCUCCCUGUUGACAUCACAAUGGCUGUGUUCAUAACCGGAGCUCAAACGGCAGAAGGGUGGGACUUCCUGUUUGAGAAGUACCGCCACUCGAUGCAAAUGUCUGUCAGGAGCCGCAUGAAGACUGCCAUGGCUUGGAGCCCACGGAAGGACAAACUCCAGUGGAUGAUGGAGCAGAGCCUCCACGGUGAGGUGAUGAAGACUCAGGACCUGCCGGAUGUGGUCGUAUCUAUCAGCAAGAACCCACACGGCUACAAACUGGCCUGGGACUUCCUCCGAGCCCACUGGCACACCAUGAUCAAGAAGUUUGACCUGGGCUCCCACACUAUAUCAUACUUGGUGACUGGAGUUACCAACCAGUACUCUACCACAGAGAUGCUGGAUGAGAUACGAAGCUUCUUCGGCUCCCUGACCGAGGAGACGGGCUCAGAGAUGAGGUGCAUCCAGCAGACCUACGAGACCAUCGAGGAUAACAUCCGCUGGAUGGACAAAAACCUUCCUCUGCUGCAGGCCUGGCUGAACAAACGCAAUCACCGAGUGCCUCAUGAGGAUUUAUAGCUACAGGGGAAACUAAGUGUCUAGUGUGGAUAACUAUGUUGUUCCAGGCAGAAACAGACGUGUGGUCUCACUUCACAGAUUAGAUAAGUUGAUGAUGACAAUCAGACAUGUCAAACCUGCAACUUAAAGAAUUUAAAAAGUAACAGACUCAGAAUUUGUUUGUACCUUUACCAAAUCCAAAGAUUAAAAAUCAUCACAACAGGUAUUUUGAAUAGACGGAUGUCAGCCGAAGUUUAUUUCAUCUGCCACUGUUGACUGACCAUGACAGUGACUUUUUUUACACCAAGUGUUGUUCAGUGGGCAAAUACUUACAGUUUUAUGUCUAUAAUGGUCUAAUUAGGUAUUGUAAAUACCCCCAGUAUGUGAAAAAUAGCCUGAAGAAUUGCCUUAAUAAACCUUCACACGUGAUGCGGUUUAAGAUGUAACAUAAUUUUUAAGGCACGUUUGGGGUUCCCUUGUUGUGAUCCCCAAAAGAUUAAAAAAAAACAAACAAACCUUUUGUUUGCCUUUUCAAAAAAUGUUCUUGAGGAACAAUUUUCUCAAUGAAUGCACUGAGAGCAGAAGAAUAGUUUUGCUCUUGUCACCGUGUGUCUGUAUAUGUUUGUAGGUGUGUGAUUGCGAAACUGUGUGUUGACAAGCGGGGCUGAGGGUUCGUUUGUUGUUUGUGUGAAGUAAAUUUUGGUUUGUGCUGCAUCAUUGCUGUAGAAAACAGCAACAUAAAGAUUGUACAGGGUUGUACAAUCAGUUAAUGUUGUACCAAAAAUGAAUUGUGAAUAUUAAUUUCUUUAAUAUUUUAGUACCAGAGCACUCCUCAACUAGGAAAACAACAAAAUCUGCAGCAGAAUAUACGGUGGCUACACCUGAAUUAAUUCUGUAAAGCCAGCAAAGCAGGAAGGAGUUACUUUAAUGCACCUGUUGGAUUUUUUUACACAGGUUAAGUGUUGUUACUGAAUCAUAUUAGACCUAAAAAAAAGUGCAGAACUCGGUGUCAUCCGGCUGAGUCUUCAUUUUGCACUGUUUGCUUGAGUUUGAAUAUUGAACAUAAAUAUUAAAUCUGACACCACUGGUUUUCUUUGAACACAUUUAACUUUAUGGAAAUUAAAAUUCUUGACAACAGAAAAAGUAACGUUACAAAAACGUUGUGGUUUAAUCCAUUCAGCAGUGUAAUUUUUUUUAUUGAUUGUAAUGUUACUUUUGUUCAUCUUUAAGGAGAGCAUUUCCUGGUUUAACAUAAAUAAAAUUAAUUUGACUUGCA